CUCUAUAAAGAGGUGUAAACUCGAAGAACUCAGGCUUUUCCAGUUGAACCCUUCACUUGUAUCAGCAGCGCAGCAAACAUGCCUGAACAAAGCAACGAUUACAGGGUGGUUGUGUUUGGAGCAGCAGGGGUUGGCAAAAGCUCCCUGGUCCUUCGCUUUGUAAGGGGAACUUUCCGGGAAAUCUAUAUCCCCACGAUCGAGGACACGUACCGGCAGGUCAUCAGCUGCGACAAGAGCAUCUGCACCCUUCAGAUCACAGACACCACGGGAAGCCAUCAGUUCCCUGCCAUGCAGAGGCUGUCUAUAUCCAAAGGGCAUGCUUUCAUCUUGGUGUACUCCGUCACCAGCAGGCAGUCCAUGGAAGAUCUCCAGCCCAUCUUUGAACAGAUCUGUCAGAUUAAAGGGGACAUCCAAAAAAUCCCCAUAAUGCUGGUGGGGAACAAAAGUGAUGAGGCCCAGAGGGAGCUGGAUGCUAGCGAGGGGCAAGCGUUAGCCAGCAAGUGGAAGUGCUCCUUUAUGGAGACAUCAGCCAAAAUGAACUACAACGUCCAGGAGCUCUUCCAGGAGCUCUUGAAUCUGGAGAAGAGGAGAACUAUCAGUCUCCAGGUGGAUGGAAAGAAGUCCAAGCAGCAGAAAAAGAAAGAUAAACUGCAAGGCAAGUGCUCUGUUAUGUGACUGACUUUGGCUGGACAAAGCUGGAGCACAGACUCCCACAGAAAAUACAUUUCUGCUGGAGGUUUCAGACAAAUCCAUGCCUUACAGGGCUAUUGCUUUCCUCUCAAAUCUCCACUGGAUUAUUUUAUGUGUUGGUUGUAAAGGGGAUGGCUUUCUGCAUGUUGAUUUUUUUUAAAACAAUAAAUGUUCAGUGGUAGCAGUUA